UCCCACUCAAUUUUUUGAUUAAAAAAUUUCACAAGCUCAUUCAUCACUGUAGCUACGAUUUCCGAGCACUCUUCUUUCUUCGUUUAGAUCUCACUUCCUCUGCAGAAAGAAAGAGGCGAUCUAAUCGCGUCGUCGUUCUACUCAACUUUCACCGGCCAUGGCUCCGCCACCACCGCAGUCCAAUCGAUCCCCCUCGCCGUCGCAACCGUCGGGGAAGAGUGAAGUCUCUGAUCUGAAAUCGCAGCUCCGGCAGCUUGCUGGGAGCCGAGCGCCGGGUGCCGAUGAUUCUAAGAGGGAUCUCUUCAAGAAAGUUAUUUCCAACAUGACUAUAGGUAUUGAUGUCUCGUCUCUCUUUGGUGAGAUGGUAAUGUGCUCCGCAACAUCAGACAUUGUUCUGAAAAAAAUGUGCUACCUAUAUGUUGGGAACUAUGCAAAGGGCAAUCCUGAUCUUGCACUGUUGACGAUUAAUUUUCUGCAAAGAGAUUGCAAGGAUGAGGAUCCUAUGAUUCGGGGGCUAGCGUUGAGGAGUUUGUGUUCGCUUCGAGUGGCAAACUUGGUGGAGUAUUUGGUUGGGCCAUUAGGAUCUGGGUUGAAGGAUAACAAUAGUUAUGUGAGGAUGGUGGCAGUUAUUGGGGUUUUAAAACUAUAUCAUAUAUCUGCUUCCACCUGUAUUGAUGCAGAUUUUCCGGCAACACUGAAGCAUUUAUUGCUUCAUGACCCUGAUACUCAGGUAGUCGCAAAUUGUUUGUCUGCUUUACAAGAAAUUUGGACCUUAGAGUCAUCCACAUCAGAGGAAGCUGCCAGGGAGAGAGAAACUCUACUUAGCAAGCCAGUUGUAUAUUACCUUUUGAAUCGCAUUAAGGAAUUUAGUGAAUGGGCACAAUGUCUUGUGCUGGAAUUGGUGGCCAAGUACAUUCCAUCAGACAACAGUGAAAUAUUUGAUGUUAUGAACCUCCUUGAAGAUAGACUCCAGCAUGCAAAUGGUGCUGUUGUCUUGGCAACUAUUAAAGUAUUUCUACAGUUGACUUUAUCUAUGGCUGAUGUUCAUCAGCAGGUAUAUGAGCGUAUCAAAGCCCCUCUUUUAACUCAAGUGAGCUCAGGAAGUCCAGAACAAUCCUAUGCAGUUUUAAGUCACCUGCAUCUUUUGGUCAUGCGUGCACCUUAUAUAUUUUCUGCAGACUACAAACACUUCUAUUGCCAGUAUAAUGAGCCAUCAUAUGUCAAAAAGUUGAAGCUUGAAAUGCUGACUGCAGUUGCAAAUGAAAGUAACACCUAUGAGAUAGUGACAGAAUUAUGUGAAUAUGCUGCAAAUGUUGACAUUCCCAUUGCAAGGGAAUCAAUUCGGGCUGUUGGGAAGAUAGCAUUGCAGCAGUAUGAUGUCAAUGCUAUUGUUGAUCGACUUCUCCAGUUUCUUGAGAUGGAAAAGGACUAUGUUACUUCUGAAGCUCUGGUGCUUGUGAAAGAUCUGUUAAGAAAAUAUCCACAAUGGAGUCAGGAUUGUAUUGCUGUUGUUGGCAAUAUCAGUAGCAAAAAUGUCCAGGAACCCAAGGCUAAGGCAGCUCUUAUUUGGAUGCUGGGGGAAUAUUCUCAGGACAUGCACGAUGCUCCAUAUGUCUUGGAGAGUUUAGUUGAAAAUUGGGAUGAGGAACAUUCUGCAGAGGUUCGCUUACAUCUUCUUACUGCAGUUAUGAAGUGUUUCUUUAAGCGACCCCCUGAAACUCAAAAAGCAUUAGGAGCUGUUUUGGCUGCUGGUCUUGCUGAUUUUCACCAGGAUGUUCAUGAUAGGGCCUUAUUUUAUUACAGGCUUCUGCAAUACAAUGUAUCAGUGGCAGAGAAUGUGGUCAGUCCUCCAAAGCAAGCAGUUUCAGUAUUUGCUGAUACCCAGAGCAGUGAAAUCAAAGAUCGUAUAUUUGAUGAAUUUAACAGUUUGUCUGUUGUAUACCAAAAGCCUUCUUAUAUGUUCACUGAUAAGGAACACCGAGGGACAUUUGAGUUUGCAGAUGAACUUGGAAAUCUAUCUAUUAGUGCAGAAUCCGGAGAAUCUGUUGUUCCAGCUCAGAGAGUGGAAGCAAAUGACAAGGAUCUGCUUCUAGGUACUUCAGAAAAAGAUGAAGGAAGAGAUCCUGGUAGCAAUGGUUCUGCCUAUUAUGCUCCUUCCCUUAAUGGUUCAUCCGCCCCUUCUGCAACUUCACAACCACUUGCAGAUUUGGCAUUUCCAACUACUGGCAUAUCUAGUCAAGCUCCAACUUCUAGCUUGGCAAUCGAUGAUCUUCUUGGUUUAGGUUUUCCAGAUGGAACUGCAGCUACGCCUUCACCUCCUCCAUUGAACCUAAAUUCAAAAGCUGUACUGGAUCCUGGCACAUUUCAGCAGAAAUGGCGUCAACUGCCAAUAUCUUCAUCAGAGGAACAUUCUUUAAGUCCUCAAGGAAUCGCAUCACUGACAACUCCCCAUGCUCUCGUGCGGCACAUGCGAAGUCAUUUGAUACACUGCAUUGCAUCCGGUGGUCAGUCUCCCAACUUCAAGUUCUUUUUCUUUGCUCAGAAAGCAGAAGCAACAUCAAUAUAUCUUGUAGAGUGUAUAAUCAACACAUCAUCAACCAAGUCACAGAUUAAAAUAAAAGCUGACGACCAGAGUUCAUCCCAGGCAUUCUCAACAUUGUUCCAAUCAGCCUUGUCCAAAUUUGGUUUAUCUUGAAACUUUAUGGUGCAUCCUUCAGAGAUGUGGAAGUGGAAUAGGCACUCAUGCAAUUUUGGAAUCCUAGAUUGAAUUUACAAGGAAAUGGAGGAUAUCGGCUCUGUAACCAACCCCCGCCGGGAAAAAAACAUAAAAGAAAAUUCAGAUAGGUGUAUUACAGAAAAUGCAGGGGAUUCCAUUGGCUAAAAGAUUUUGUAGUUGUUCUGUAUCCAAAUCACGUGAUGAUCAUCAAAUAUUCAGUUGUAGAGAACCUAGUCUGCGUUGUAAGUUUGUAGAGGUUUUAUGUUUAUUUUCUGACAUAUUUUUCAAGUGUUCAUCGUUGUCUGUUCUGUGGGUCAUUGGCAUUGGUUGACUAGGGGUUGGUAAUGAAAUGUGAAACUGGACCCUUUAUUAAUUAAUUGCUUUAUACACCA